CUGUUUCUUUAAAGCCGCUCAUCUGCGCGGCGGCCGGCUGCCGGCGGCGGGAGGAGGCGCGGGGAGCUGCGCGGAGCUGCGGCCGGGCGCACGGCUCGGAGGACGGACGGACGGAGCCGGGGCUCCGCUGCCCGCCGCGGCCGGGCGGGCGCAGAUGGGCGGCAGCGGGGCGGCGGCAGCAGCGGCAGCAUCGGGAGCAUCGGGAGCAGCGCAGCGGCGGAGCGGCCGCGGCUGAGCUUCGCCGCGCAGCGCCCCGCGCCAUGCGGAGCGCGCCGCUGGCCGAGGGCGAGCCCUGGCCGCGCCUGUGCCCCGCCGAGCUCGGCGGGCUGCGGCGGCUGCGGCGCAAGCACGGCGGCUGCAAAAGUUUCCGCGUGGAGCUCAAAGUGCUGAGCGGGCGGCGGACCGGGCUCCGCGGCCCCCCCGCGCCGCCCCCCGCCGCCGCCGCCGCCCCGCCGCCCGCCUGGGAGCCGCGCAGCGCCGCGCUCGGCCCCGCCGCCGCCAGCGCCUUCCCCGCCGCCCCGCCGCCGCCGCCCGCCGCUUCCCCGCGCCCGCGGCCGGGCGAGGCGUCCGGCGUCUCGCCGGAGAUCAAAGCGCUGCAGCAGACGCGGCGGCUGCUGGCCAACGCCCGGGAGAGGACCCGCGUCCACACCAUCAGCGCCGCCUUCGAGGCGCUGCGCAAGCAGGUUCCCUGCUAUUCUUAUGGUCAAAAGUUGUCCAAACUGGCCAUCUUGAGAAUAGCCUGUAACUAUAUCCUUUCCCUGGCCAGACUAGCAGACCUGGAUUACAGCGCUGACCACAGUAACAUGAGCUUCUCUGAAUGCGUGGAGCAGUGCACUAGGACCUUACAAGCAGAAGGAAGAUCUAAAAAAAGGAAGGAGUAAUAACCAGGAAGGGAGGAUUCAGAAGAGCUUCCAGCCAGAGUUACAUCUGGUCUUGGCAAAGGUUGCACGAUCCAGAUGAAGACUGAAAGCAGCUUUUUUGCAGAAACCCCUAUUGGAGAUGACGAUUGGCCAAGGAACUUUCUUAAUCUCUGGAACAGAAAGGAAAAAAGGAAAAGAAAAGAAAAAACAAAAGGACAGGGAUGCUUCUUAUUGUUGUUAAGCGAGCCACCUUUUAGUACGUGCAAUUUAUUUAGCACUUUUCCUUUUGCUUAACUGGGAAAUGUUACCCUCUCAGCUCAUGUGUACAGUAAUUUUUUGUUGUUGUUGUUGUUACUGUUGUGCCAAAGAUUUGAUGGAGCUUCUACACUGUGUCUAAUUUUUGCCUUAAUGUUAAAUCUUUGAGCCAAAGAAAAGUCAGAGGUGCCAUUCAGAUCGUGGCAAGCAGGCCAGCCAGCUGUCGGUGACAAAGCCCAAUUUCUGUACCCUUCUGUGAGUUACCUCUUAUUUCUUCAGCCUGCACUUCCCUGCCUGCAGCCCUGGAGCCAGCAUUUGGUGUGGGCAAGAGCUGGGACAACACCAAACCAUACUUCAGCAUUCAGGUUUGCUUCUUCCUUUGAGCUACUCUGUAGUUCUGCCUUUUGGGCAAUUUCCUGAUGUUCCUGCCUGUGUGAUACAUCCACAGGGUAGAAAUACUGACACGAAGUGAGAGCUGAAACAGGAGCUAUGAAUUUAUUUUUUUUUAAUAAAGAAAUAAAAUUAAACAAGCAGAAGCAAAGUGCCAUGUAAAGCAAAGAGAGAGAGAGAGAGAGAGAGAAAAAAAAAAAAAAAAAGAAAUUGUAAGAAAGUUCAGCCAGGCAGAAAGAAGUGCAGCAAAACGAUUGAGCUGGUGUUUCAGGUUUGUGAAGUCGUUUUUUCCAUGGGGUUUUUCAAGUGGUCAGAAACCGGUGUAAUGCAAAAGCAUUUGAAUCCUAUACUGUACCUUUCACUUCAAAUUGAAGUAAAAAAAAAAAGAGAAGAGAUGGAGAAACAUUUGCUUGGAGUAAGCAGACUUUAUAGGUAAUGCAGUUCGUAUGCAGGA